CAUUAUCCCCAGGGGAUUCAGCUAAUAAGAGCAAUAGUAUUUAUAGAGGGUCAUUUUAAUGCACCCAUUCAAUCUCUGACCAUCCUGUACUCACCCUACAGCCCUUCUGAAACUCAUUGGAGGCAUAAACAUCUCAUCAUGUCCAUGGAAAGAUUCGACUGCCACUACUGCAAGGACAGUUUGCUCGGAAAGAAGUAUAUUCUAAAAGAAGACACGCAGUAUUGUACGAAGUGUUACGAAAAUCUGUUUGCUAACUGUUGUGAGGACUGUUCUUUGCCAAUUGGGUGCAACUGUAAGGACCUCUCCUACAAAGACCGACACUGGCAUGAAAAUUGCUUCAAGUGUGCCAAAUGCAGUAGAUCGUUGGUGGACAAACCAUUUGCUGCUAAAGAUGACCUUCUGCUCUGCACCGAGUGCUAUUCUCACGAGUACUCCUCAAAGUGCACAACAUGCACGAAAACCAUCAUGCCAGGUUCACGGAAAAUGGAGUACAAAGGGAACAGCUGGCAUGAAACGUGUUUUCUGUGUCAGCGCUGUCAGCAACCAAUAGGAACAAAGUCUUUCAUCCCUAAAGAUAACAAUUACUUCUGUGUCCCUUGUUUUGAGAAGCAAUUUGCCUACCAAUGCUGCAGUUGUAAAAAAGCCAUUACAACCGGAGGUGUCACAUAUCAAGAUAAGCCCUGGCACCGUGAUUGUUUCACUUGCAUUGGAUGUAAGAGACAACUUGCAGGCCAGCGCUUCACUUCACGAGAAAAUUACCCAUACUGCCUGGAUUGCUUCAGCAACCUGUAUGCCAAGAAAUGUGUGGGCUGCACCAAAGCAAUUACUAGCUUGGCAGGUACUAAGUACAUCUCCUUUGAAGAGCGUCAGUGGCACAGCGAGUGUUUCACGUGUAUGCAGUGCUCUGUGUCUCUGGUGGGCCGUGGAUUUCUAACCCAGCGUGAUGACAUCCUGUGUACUGACUGUGGUAGGGAGAAGUGAGAUCACCUGAGUGAUUUUUGCCAGAGGGGAAAUGCUUAUUAUAAAUUUGGCUUUCUGUUUAAAUAAAUGGAAAAAAUGUUAUGUAACCGCUUGAUAGAUGAAUAAACAUGAAAGAUUAAUAGUAUGAUGAAAUAAAGUAAUUUUCUGUGUAGUCGGGUGUAUAGGCUGCAUAAUGUAUUGUGUAAUGAGCUUGCAACUAUGAUUUAGAAACACUUACAUUUACACAAAUGCACACUUGAACAUUUGUUUGUACUUCGAGCACACACUAAUAUUGUAUUUUGACUUUUUUUGUCAAUAAAUGCAUCAUUUCCUC